UUUUUUCUAAAUAAUUGUUUUUUUGGUAAUUAAAGCUGUCAUUCAUUUGAAAAUAUAAUUAAAUUUCGUACAAAAUUUUAACUUUAUGUUUGGACCGUGCAUAUCUAUAGUAAAUAUCACAGACGAAUGUCGUCUGCUUAAAACAGAAAAUAUAUAGAAAGACUUUAUAUAGUUUCUACAAAAUACUCUCGGCCUAAAACAAAGUAUACAUCAUGGAGAUAUACACUUACAAUUUCCAAUGCAUGGAAAACCAGUCGCGACAUCUGGAAAGAGUGAAGCGACUGUUCACGCUGAGUGUGCUGAGUACGCGCGUUCAGUUCUCGUCGUGAUCCGCGAGUCGCAAUAACGAAGAGGUUAUCAAGUUUAACUGCUACGGGAAUCUCGGCACGUCACACAUACUAAAAGUAUACCAUGUUGUCGAUAGUGCGUAAGCUGUGCACUUCCUCGUUUUUCAAGACAUCUAGAAAUGUCCUUGAACAGCAAAAUUCCGCAGCCGGUGUUACGUCCGACAGAAGAUUUUGGAUGAGCAAUAGCCGAGGUGUACACUCGAAAGCCCAGACAAGUUGGGUCACCGCCAAGGACGAAAGUCGUGAGUUGAUGGCACUCUGGCCGGAUGUCGUGCGCGACCUGACAGAAGCCGGCAGACAUUUGGAUGCGCUUGAUGCUAACAAGUGGCUUGCUAAAGUAUUGCAGUACAAUGUUCCGAACGGGAAGAAAAAUCGUGCCCACGCACUAGUCUACUCUUAUAGAAAACUCGUUCCCGAAAAUGAGCUCACAGAGGACAACUUAAGGCUAGCUAGAAUACUCGGUUGGUGUAUUGAAGCGUUGCAAGGAUUCAUCUUGAUUGCAGACGACAUCAUGGACAGCUCACAAUACAGGAGAGGCCAAAAGUGCUGGUACCUACAGAACGACAUUGGUCUAGCGGCGAUCAACGAUUGUAUUCUUAUGGAACAAGCGGCGUAUGCCUUGUUAAGAAUGCAUUUCAGAGGAAAGCCAUGUUAUCUCGAUCUCAUCGAGUCUAUCCAACAGUAUACGCUAAAAACAACGAUGGGUCAAACAUUAGAUUUGUUAGCGACAAAUUUCGGCAAAAGGCCUAACUUUAAUAUGUUUACGAUGGAUCGGUAUAAUUCCAUUGCUAAGUACAAAACAGCUUACUAUUCAUUUGUGAUGCCCGUCCAACUUGCCAUGUAUUUCGCUGGAGUUAAGGAUCCAGAACUGCACAGACAGGCGAAAACGAUUUUGAUGGAAAUGGGUCACAUGUAUCAAGUUCAAGAUGAUUAUCUCGAUUGUUACGGUAACUCUCAGGUUACUGGAAAACAAGGACGAGAUAUUCAAGAAGGUAAAUGCUCAUGGCUUUGCGUUGUUGCUUUGCAACGUGCUUCACCGACGCAAAAGAAGAUUUUGGAGGAAUGUUACGGUUAUGAAGAUCCAGACAAAGUUGCUAAAGUGAAGCAGUUAUACGAUGACUUGGGACUUCAAAUGACCUACUCAAUUUAUGAGGAGGAGACUUACAAUCUCAUGAACACUCAUAUUCAACAAAUAUCUCGUGGCCUUCCUCACGAUUUGUUCUUCAAAUUCCUUGAAAAAAUUUACAGAAGAGACUCAUAGU